GGACUCUUCAUUUUCUCUAGUUCUUUUGCAAAAACUGUGAAAUGUGUGUGUAGCAAUUGUACAGAAAAUUUUUUUCACAAGAAAUUCGUAAUAAUUAAUUUGCUUUCGUUAAUGUAUAAAAAAGAAAUAUUACUCGAUCAAGAAAAGUUAACAAUAUGAUCUUAAAAAAUAAAGUGAAAAAUAGUUGAAAUUAAGAGAAUAAAGAAACAGAAAAGUUGAUAAAUUAAGCAAGGAGUUGCUUGCACGCCAUUCAGUGACGACACGAAGAAGACAAGCUGACAGACAGACAGACGGUUGGACAGGCAGACAGACAAAAAAGGUAGUCAAACGGACGGACGGACGUGUAUCGGAGAAUUCGCUCAGAAAAGCAGAACGAAAAAAAAUCAUUCUCUGCAGACAUACUUUUAAAGCCAGACACAUCGGUUAUCGUUUGGCUUGUUUUCUUUGUGUGAAUAAAAAUAUAAGAAAAAAGAACAGAAAAUGUGUAUCGAACUCAAAAUGAAGCUAAAUAAGUGACCAUUGUGUUAAAAACAACGAACGCAAGAAAUGAAAAUUAGCAGUUUCAGCAACAUUUAUUGAAAUGUAUACCUGUAUAAAGCCAAACAACAGCGUUUGAUUAUUAAAGGAAACUUUUUAUACAAAGUCUGCUUUGAAAAAUAUCAAAAGCGUAACGAAAAUUUCUAUAUUAAGCUGAUAUUUUUCUAAUACAAAAGACUGCAAUACAGAAUGGUUGUUGGUUCACAUCACAGCCGCCGUGGUGAAACUGCUAGUAAAUACGGAAAUUCUUCAGCGGCUGCCACUGCCACAGGCACUACUACCAAUAAUUCCUCAUUGAGUAGUGUCACUGCCGCCGCCGCCGCCAAACAAACACACUCAAUGUCUUCAAAUGGUCAUUAUAGUUCUCAUAAUGGCGGUUCAAAUAAUAACAACGGUUAUCUCCUGCCUCUCAGUGGUAUUAAUGGUACCACUAAUAGCAUUGUAUCCCGACUUUCACAAUCGACCGGCAUGACGCCAAAGGAAUUAUCGGAAAACGAUGAUUUAGCCACUUCAUUAAUUUUAGAUCCUCAUCUGGGAUUUCAAACGCACAAAAUGAAUAUUCGUUUUCGUCCUCUGAAAGUGGAUACAGCUCAACUUAAAGCCAUUGUUGAUGAAUUUAUACAAACACAAAAUUAUGAGGUGGCGGUUAAGAAAAUUUUCAGUGGACCUUGGUUGCCCCGAAGUUACCGAAAUAAAAACAAAAUGUCUAUAAAAAGACUGCAUGAUCAUAUAAUACGUUAUUUAAGAGUUUUCGAUAAGGAUAGUGGCUUUGUUAUAGAAGCCUGUUAUCGUUAUUCGUUGGAGGGUCAGAAAGGAGCCAAAAUAUGUGCCACAAAACGUUGGCAAAAGAACGAUAAAAUCGAAUGUUUAGUGGGAUGUAUAGCAGAACUUAGUGAAGCCGAGGAAGCGGCACUUUUGCACUCGGGCAAAAAUGAUUUCUCCGUCAUGUAUAGCUGUCGUAAAAAUUGCGCCCAACUGUGGUUGGGACCAGCAGCCUAUAUAAAUCACGAUUGUAGAGCUAAUUGUAAAUUCGUAGCUACUGGUAGAGAUACAGCCUGCGUUAAAGUAUUACGAGAUAUUGAGAUUGGUGAGGAAAUUACAUGUUUCUAUGGUGAGGAUUUUUUCGGUGAUGGCAAUUGCUAUUGCGAAUGUGAGACCUGUGAACGUAGGGGUACUGGAGCUUUUGCUGGUAAGAAUGGCAAUGGCCAGUAUGGUUCAGAACAUGCUCUUACAUUGGGUCUUAAUGGAGCAUGUGUUGUGGGUGAUACGAAUGCUGUUAGUGGUGGCUAUCGAUUGAGAGAAACCGAUAAUCGUAUUAAUCGCAUUAAAAGUCGUGCAAAUUCAACCAAUUCCACAAAUACCGAUCUCACAAAUGGAGCUUUAAGUGAUAACUCUUCAGGGAAUAUAAACAACAAUAAUAACACUACUGCAAGUCUCAACAAUAACAACAACAAUAAUAAUAUUAACAAAACAAAAAUAGACGCUGGUUCGCCUGAAAGUGUUAAAAAACCUGCUGCUGUAGUAGUGACUCCAUUAACAAUGCAAGAAUUGCGCCAAAAAGGCAUGACAAAAUACGAUGCCGAAAUGAUUAUGGCCAAUACUAGGCAACAUACACCACACACACAUCAUUUACACAACCAACAACAACAGCAACAACAUCAUACAAAUCAAACAGAAAAUCAUGAAACUCUUUUAGGACAAAGUAAAGUAGGAGAAAAUGCUCCUCGUAGUUAUCGGGAAUCACUUAGAAAAUCUUCUCGUGUUAAUAGUACAAGUAGCACCAUCUCUUCUGGUUCCACAGAGGAUUUUGCUAGCUUAGCAAAUGUUAAUACACGAGGAUCAUCAAAUAAAGUCACUACAGCAGAUGAGCCAAAAACAGGAGCUGCCACAACAACCAAUACAAACAGCUUAGCAACAACUAGAAGAAAUUUACGAAAAGGCGGUAGCGGUACCAUAAUGCAUCAUACAAAAACAACACGUUCUAAUGCAGGAGUAACAACACGACAUACACGGUCAACGGCAGCAGCCGCUAUGGGUUUAAAAUGUGAAAAUCUCUUAAAUAAUCAACAGGCAGAAGAUAAUGUUAUAACUUUGGUGUCAGAAUCUGAACAAGAACAAACUGAUGUAGAGUCCAAUCAUACGACAGCGAUGAAAACCACAAACCAGCAGAAUGAUCAUUUGCAUUCCGAUGAAAACGAUCCAAGUAAACAACAGCAACCAGAAAAGCGUUUGACCCGUAAUGGUGCCAUUACAACAAAAACAAGAGUGUUGAGACAUCAUCAAACUUCAUCAACAUCUUCAGUAAUAACAGCAGCCACUUUAGUUACAGAAACAUCAACACCAGCAACAGUGGAUGAACAUGCUCAUCAAUCAUCAGUUGUAAAUUGUAAACAUACAAAACCUUUAACAAAUUUUAAUAUUAAGAAUACAAAUAAUGGUCAACAGUCUCCACUACAACAAGAACAUCAUCAUCAUCAACAUCAUCAUCAUCAUCAUAUUCAUAACCAACCUGCGAAACGCAGUGAAACUGCAGCAGCAAACUUAUCAAACACAACAACAGCAAAUAACUCCGCAAACUUUGAUAACAUUAGUACAAAGGGUGAGAACAGGACUAGCUGUAGUAGUAGCAGUAGUUGUAGUAGUAAAAGCAACGUUAAUGCAACAAGUAUUGGCCCAGAACAGAAGAACAUUGGGGAUAAUCAAGAACAGUCCUUGGGUAUAUUAGAAAAAAGCCAUAGUAGUAAUAAAUUGAAUAAUAGUAGUAGCCCUAGUUAUAAAAAGAAUUUGAUAGAAUCAUUUGAAGAAGUUGCCAAAGGCAAUAAUCUUAGUGUUAGUAAUAUUAAUUGUAGCAGUAAGAAUAUUAAUACUAGUAUACAUGAAGAUUCUAAUAAUCUUACUGAAGAACCGCCUCCUCCUUCUCUUUUGCAACAACAACAACAACGUUUGAGACGCACCGGGGCAGGACGUCGCACUAGUUAUUCCCAUGAACCUGUGAUAACAGACAAUUCAGCAACAGCAGCAACUUCUGUUGGUGCUGGUAUUAAUUUGCGUAAACGUCAUCAUACAAAUAGUGAUGGGUCUAGCAGUACCACAUCAAAUAGCACUGCUAGCACAUUUUGUAUGAAUAGCGCUAUAAAUUCUGGUUCAACCCCUAUACCCGCCGUCGAACCCUUAUUGAAAACACCCGAAAGAAGGCUUAAGCUAACACUGCGCAUGAAAAGAUCACCUAUUUUGGAUGAGGUCAUAGAAUCGGGUACCAGUUUGAGUGAUGAAAGUAGUAGUGUUACAGGCGGCUCGACUUGUAGUCGUUCAUCUUCUCAUUCCGAACCCGUAGAAUAUGAAAUACUACGCAUGGAAGGUAUAACGGAGAAUGGUUUAGACUACGAGGAAGAAAUGCCUCAUAAAAGGAAAAAACGUCAUAAAUCAAAAGAACGUCACCAUCAUCAUCACCACCAUCAUCGUAGGCACCACAGACGUAAUCUCUCCUCUAUAGAAGAGCUGGAACAGCAAAUUGAUAGUGAAUUAUUAGAUGCCAAAGAAACGACACCUCCACCGCCGCCACCCCCAACGUCUCAGACGUUGACGCCUCAAAAGAAACGUUUACGUUUGAUAUUUGGUAAUGAAACCCAUACCAUUGACAUUCCACCAACAACCACAAACGCCAACAAUGAAAGUAGUCUUAUAGAUGAUUCUCUUAAUGAAUCAACUGCUUCUUCUACUUUAGAUACAUCCAUAAAUACUUCAAACCCUAAUAUUUCGGCAACAACGGUGUCAUCUUCAUCAUCCAACUCAAUGGUAAAUAUUUCUUUAACCUCUUCCACAGAAGCAGCAGCCUCCGCUUCGCCACCUCUAACAUCUUCAGCCUCAAAUUCCUCUUUUGCUUCGGCUUGUAGUGCCGCCUCACAAGUUGUUGCUUUUAACUUAGAAGAACCUUUAAGAGAACCUCUCAACUUAUCCAUGCAUAGCCAAAAACUAAUGGGCAACACAUUUCACAAUCAUAACGCAAAAUUUCCUGCAACAUCUCCUUCAGCUGUUGCGGCCACUACUACUCUAAUGCACAACAAUUUAAAUUCUACUACGGCUGCUAGUUUAGCUUCAGCCACCACUGCAGCCACCUCAAUAUUCUUAUCGCAGGCUAUACCGAAACAUACUUUUGGCUCUUGUGCUUUAAUUGCACCCUCAUUUGCUCGUAAUUUAGUAAAUAAUACCGUAGUUUCGGUAGUCAAUACGUCACCACUGCGUUUGCUUAAUAAUACUGUUGCUGCAUCGGCUACUACAGCUGCUAGCUUCAAUUCAAACUCUCCCCAUGCUGCCUCAUCAUUACCAAUAAGCCUCACCGCUACUCUUACCACCACAAAUACCAAUACAAAUACUGCGACUACGAAAAAAAGUACUGAUCUCAUAACGCAUUGACACCCCGCAUUGGCGCACACAAAUUGUUGUACAUCUUUAUUUACAUAAUGUUGUGUAUGUAAAUUGUCGUAUAGUUAGCACUCUAAACUAUUCGGUCCAUUUUUCAAAAGUUUAUUUCGAUUUUCUUUUUUUUUUGCUCUUUGAAAUUAUAAACACAAAAUUAAAAAAAAAAAGUAGGAACACACA